CAAUUUCAUGACGUCAAUUUUAUCCGACGCGGAAUUCCGGUUCGUGUUUUGAGCAUCAGGCGCAUCACACACGUUCGUGAGGGAGGAUGAACCUCUCACCUGGCUGGCUGCUGCUGCUCCUGUCCGUCUGCACCGGGGUCCGGUCGGUGCCCCUCGAACGCAGCGCGGACCGCAAGGAGGCCAAAGCGGACGUGCCGGAGGAGAACGUGGACACCGGGCUGUACUACGACCGGUACCUCAGGGAGGUGAUCGAGGUUCUGGAGACGGACCCUCACUUCAGGGAGAAACUGCAGAUGGCGAACACGGAGGACAUCAAGAACGGCCGCCUCAGUAAGGAGCUGGACCUGGUCGGGCACCACGUGAGGACGCGCCUGGACGAGCUGAAGCGGCAGGAGGUGUCUCGCCUCAGGAUGCUGCUCAAGGCCAAGAUGGACAGCACCAACACGCAGAGCCUGCAGAUGGACCACGCCUCCCUGCUGAAGCAGUUUGAACAUCUGGACCCCCAGAACCAGAACACCUUCGAGGCCAAAGACCUGGAGCUGCUCAUCACGACGGCCACCAAGGACCUGGAGAACUACGACGCCGAGAGGCACGAGGAGUUCAAGCACUACGAGAUGCUGAAGGAGCACGAGCGGCGCGAGUACCUGAAGGGCCUAGACCAGGAGAAGAGGGAGCGGGAGGAGAGGAGGAUGCAGGAGCUCAAGGACAAACACCGGCAGCACCCCAAGGUCAACGCGCCGGGCAGCGUGGCUCAGCUGCGGGAGGUGUGGGAGGAGACGGACGGCCUGGACCCCCAGGAGUUCAACCCCAAAACCUUCUUCAAGCUGCACGACACCAAUGAAGACGGCGUGUUGGACGAGCAGGAACUGGAGGCGCUCUUCACGAAAGAGCUGGAGAAAGUCUACAACGCCAAGAACGAGGAGGACGACAUGAUGGAGAUGGAGGAGGAGCGGCUGAGGAUGAGGGAGCACGUGAUGAAGAACGUGGACGCCAACGAAGACCGCCUGGUGACGAUGGAGGAGUUCCUCAAGUCCACGGAGAAGAAGGAGUUCAGUAAUGCCAAAGAGUGGGAGACUCUGGAAACCAGCCCGCUUUACACGGAGGAGGAGCUGCAGCGCUUCGAGGUCGACCUCCGGGACCGAGAGGAGGAGCUGAAGAGGAAGGCGGAGAACCUCCGUCAGCAGCAGGAGCUGCUGAAGGAGCGGGGCAAGGCCCUGGAGGCCCAGAGGAAAGAGUACCAGCAGGCGGUGUUGGAAAUGUCCCAGAGGCAGAAGGGGCAGCAGGCGGCAGACGGGCAGCCCCCCGCGGGUCCUAAUGGAGAACUGCACUUCCAACCAGUGGCGCAGAAAGUGGAAGAUAAAGUUGAACACCCGGCAGCCGAGGCCCAGAACAGCCUGCCUGCAGAGCCGCCACAGAAUCUGCCCAUACACACUUAGUGCAGCACGUCUGCACACACACACACGCACACACACACACGCACACGCGCACGCGCGAUUUGCACUGACACACAUAUCCAGAUGGGUUCCACGAGCUGGGGGGAGUGUAUGUGUAUAAAUUCAGACAGAAUUGGCUCGUGAAUCCUCACACAUUGUUCGUGUGUUCAUCUCUGUGGUUUCAAGAUAUCAAAACAACGUAUAUAUAUAUACAAAAAUAUAUAUAUAUAGUAAAGAAAAUAUUAAAAAUACAAAUCUAUAUAUAAAUCUAUAUUAUUUAUAUAUAUUUUAAAAAUCUAUAUAUUUUUUAUAUAUAUAAAAAACUAUGUUUAUUUAUAUAUAUAUUAAGAAUAUAUAUUUUUAAAUAUAUAUAUGUAUAACAACAUAUAUAUAUAUUUGUAAAUAUAUCUUGUUAUAUAUAUUAAUUAUAUAUAUAUAAAUAUGUGUGUAUAUAUACAUGUAUGUGUAUAUAUAUAAUAUAUAUACAUACACAGUAUGUAUGUGUUUUCAGAAAUCUUCAGUUUCAUUAAUGCUGGUCUUCCGUGUAAAAUCAACAUCUUUAAAUAAAGACUUAAUUUAAAAACCUGUAAACCAAA